AUGGGCGUUCUUAGCGCAACGGCUCGCGACAGUAGUGUAGAAAGUGAGCGCGUCCUUGACGAACCUGGCGUUGUGGUGGUCCUUCUGCAGGUCGAGGUGGUGCCUGAUGGACUCGCUGAGGGAAAGGUCAACCACCUUUCCGGGACCCAGGGUGCAGGCGCCACCAGUGAACAGCAUGGCGCGCGCACCCCUGUUGGGGCAAGCAACCUCCAUGAGCGCGACAGCAGCGCUGAGAGCCGAACCCGUGCACCGGUUCUGCCUGGAGUUCUGCGCAACCGGCCAGGCGUCGGGCAUGAGCUGGUCAAGGAAGGUGUUGAACAUGUACUCGCACUGCGAGAGCGGCUGCACAAACCUCUGGUGUUGCUGCGCCAGAUUGAGUAUCUUCUUGAGGUAGUCGGCGUCGUGGUGGUGGGUGCCCCUGAGCACGUGGCACCUGGGUAUCUCCGAGUCGCUGAGGUCGUGAAUCUUGAUGACCGAGCCGAACGUAAUCAACCCAAUUUGAACAUCCUGGGGAAGCAUGCUCACAACCUGCGAAACCGAGUCUUUAAGCUGCUCCAGCUCCUCCUCCGGCACGCACGUGUCAACCAGGAAGAUGAAGGCAAUCAUCGCCACGCCGAAAUUGUCGGUUCCGGGGCUUCCUGCCUCUACAAUGGUGGCGGCGAGCGCCACCGCCAUGCUGGCGCCUGCGUGCUUGUAGCCAAUAGCAGCUCCGUGCUGGAUGAACAGCGCGCCAGCGAGCGCCACAAAGGCGCCUGCGAAAAAGGCGAGGCUUCCGGCAAUGGACUUCUCGUGGCAGACAAGCUUGUGUGCCUUGCUUCCUACGAUUGCUGCGAGCGAAUCCGCGAAAGCGACGGUUGUGAGUCCGAUGUACGCCUUGGUGAAAUCCAUCUGCAAUCCCUUCCCAACCUGCAUCCACAACGGCAACCCCGUUGCGAGGGCGAUAAAGGCGUGCGCGACGACGAGUGA